GCAUUUUAGCGCCACCGCCACACUAAUCCGUUCAGCACGACAAAGUUGGAAAUAAUUUCCACUCCUGAUAAAUAUCAGAUAUUUUUGCACUUUUAUAAGCGACGCCAGGUCCCCUUUUGCCAUCCGCGUCUUCGCCGUUUUCACAGCCCACAGAACCCACGACCUUGCCCAGUGCGUGUGCCUUCGUCGCCAGUGAAAACAUUACGUAGGGGUAACGGAAGAAAGCAGGAAAAGAAAAGAUCUAAAAAUAUUUUUAAUCGCCGUGAAAGUAGCCAGCGCAUCUCAGUCGCAAAAUAUCAUUUAAUUAGCGCUGCGAGGACACCACUAACCGCGAAAAUGGUCUUGAAAGUCUACGUCAGCGGCAUGUCCGGCAACAAGGAGGUCAAGAAGCGCCAGCAGCGCGUCCUGAUGAUCCUGGACAGCAAGAACAUCAAGUACGACACUGUGGACAUCACGGAGCCCGGCAAGGAGUCCGAGAAGGAGUUGAUGCAGAACAAAUCGACGAGCAGCGGCGGCACGGUCAGCGACCCAGAGCCCCGCCAUCCGCUGCCGCCCCAGCUCUUCAACGACGACGAGUACUGCGGCGACUACGACGCCUUCGACAUGGCCAACGAGAUCGACACCCUGGAGGUGUUCCUCAAGCUGGCCACAGCCGACACCACGGCGGUAAGCACCGCCCAAAUCGAACUGAAGCAGGAGAACGGCGAGGCCAAGAAGGAGGAGGCCGAGGCGGAGGCGGAGGAGAAGAAGCCGGAUGAGGAGAAGCCAGAGGGCGGCGAGGGCGACGCCAAGGACGAGGCUGCGGAGAAGGCCGAGAACGAAGACGGGGACGGCGAGGACAAAAAGAAAGCAGAGGGCGAAGGUGAAGAUGCCGCCGAAAACGCCGAUGAAAAGACUGAAACCGCAGAGGGCGAAGAGUCCGAGGAUAAGAAGAAGGAAGAGGAAACCACAGAGAAAACCGAAAAGAGUGAAGAAAAAUCUGAGGAUGCUGCCCAAGAAGAAACCGAAGGGGAUGAUAAAAAGGAUGAUACGGAGAAAGCAGAGGAAGAUGAUACCAAAGAUAAACCCAAAGGCGAUGGUGGAGAAGAUACCAAGGAUAAAUCCGAGGAUGUUGAUGCAGAAAAGACGAAAGAUUCUGAUACAGAAAAAUCCGAAGAAGACGGUACCAAAGAUACACCAGAAGGUGGCGAGGAUAAAGAGUCCAAAGACAAGCCAGCAGAAGUUGGCACUGAAAGGACGACGGAAGAUGACGCCGAAGAGGAUGACAAAGAGGAUACCAAGGAUAAACCCGAGGAAGUUGACACGGAAAAGUCCGAGAAAGAUGAUGACAAAGUAAAAACCGAAGAUGAGAAGGGUGAUGAUACCAAAGAAAAACCUGAGGAAGUUGAUACAGAAGAAUCCCAGGAAGAUACUACUGAAGUUAAAGCUAAAAGUGAUGAGGAAGGGGAUUCCGAAGAUAAGCCCAAGGCUGAUAGUAACGAUACCAAAGAAGAACCCCAGGAAGUCGACACAGAAAAGGAAGAAGUAAAAACCGAAGAAGAUGAUACCGUAGAAAAAUCCGAAGAUAAGACAGAAGAAUCCGAAAAGGAAGAGGUCAAGGUAAAAAGCCAAGGUGAAGAGGCAGAGGAUACGAAAGAAAAACCCGAAGAAGAGGUCAAAGAACCCACCGAAGGAAAUAAGCCAGAAGAAUCGGUGGCAGAGGACACGGACGAAAAAGAAGAAAGUAAACCGGCUGAGGAGAAAUCCUCUUCCGAAGAAAGCGAAGAAGAGGAAUAAUAGCGUACGCCCAAAACGACCACCACUACACACUGACAUCAGCCCCACCAACACCGCUGCACAAACACCCUCAUUCGCACAUCAAAACGCACAUUUAGCCAAAUAGUACCGAAAAAGUUUUGUAAAUAGAAACAAGAACCCACUAAUAACGAAUCUGGUGACGGGUAACGAACCCUAGCGUAAGGCUCUAUGUGACUUUAAUUCAUAAUUCUACACCUUUCAUCCAAAAAUGACACGCUCCUGCCUACAACAGCAGCAAAAGAAGCAAGCGACGAUAACAACAGCAGUGAAGACCUCGAAUUCUUCAGAUUCCCAGUCGGAUCUCUUUUUGGAAAGCGAGCGGGCAGCGGCUGCGCAGUAGGCGUCGACGUCAACGCAGGACAACGACCUCUACUUAAUUAAAAUCUAUUUUUUAAAAGUUAUUCGGGCUUGUUUCGAGUUCAACCAGUUUUUUGGCGAAACUUUUUCUAAAUUAUUCAAAAUGUUACAUUUUUUUAUCGAUUUUAUUUAAAAAAGUAAUAGAAACUUAUUAACGGAAUUUACUUGUGGUUUUGGAACCUAAGGACUACAAACAAUUACAUUUUAUUAAAAAGGUUUACAAUAAUCUAGUGAAACGCUGUUGAACAAAGCUAUAACAAAUUACAGAAUACUUGUUUAAUGAAAUGAAUACCUUGAAAUGAUUUAAAUUAAAGUUAUUGUGGUGCUACUCAUAAAAAUGUAACAUAUUUUAAUAAAUUUAAUGUUAAUUCUCAAAAAGUUAAGCUAUUAUCCGGUAAAAUCAAACUGGUGAAAACCCUAACAAGCCCGAAAAUGUUUUUCAUUUGAUUUACAACACAACAAAAAAGUAGUAAUAUCAAUAGACUUUUGUAUUUACGUGUCUCACUUUUAGUUCUUGUAUCCAAAUAAUUAAAUAUACAGUACAUUAUAAUUAUGUUUAGUACAGUACACGGUAAAA